AUGUCAUCGUGGGCUGAGAAUUUUACGUUUGCUGCGACUUGGCAGCUGAAACACCAAUUGGCUUAUUGGAAAGCGCGUGCGAAGGCUUUAGAGUACGAGAAUGGUGUUCUUCAUGAUAUAAUUCGUAAGAAAAACUACGUGGGUCCUUCCACAGCGUCGAAUACUGUAACGGAAUCUGAUAGUAUGCAUGUGGAAACAGAGUCUGGAGACGACGAAGAAUACGAAGAGAGCGGUGAUGAAAAUUUAGAAGUCAGUGAAGAGUUUAUAGAGUUUCUGCAAGCGAAUGCCAAGUUCAAAGAAGAUGCUAGACUUGAAAGAGAGAGAUUAAGAGAACAAAGCCAAAAAGAGGAACAAAAACAAAUUGCUCAACUGGAGGCAGGGCCCCCAGAAGCUCAAGAAAAUAGAGAGGAGGUGCUUAAAGAAUUGUACGGUGACGAUUGGGAGAGAAUAGCUGCUUUGGAAAUGAGUUUACAGACUCAGUUUAUCGAAGAAAGUGAUAACAGUAAGCCGGAUUACUGGCCUAAUAUACCAUUUAACUUUAAUUUUGGUUAA